AAAGCGACGUCAUUACGUACAGCGGGACGUCGCUGAGAAGAUAAACAAAAAAGGCAGGAAGCCUUCGGCUACACAAUCGCGGCAAAAUCGGUUUAAAAUUUUAGCUUGGAGCUGCAGUUAGUAACUACAUGCAGCCUUUUAUUGCUUAGGUACGUGCCACACGGAGUUUACAGUCAUGGACGACGCAAUCAUAUUCCGUAUGAGUGCAUUUUCCGAGCAAGGAGGGAGAAAAUACAUGGAGGAUGUUGUCGAGAUAAGACUCGAGUACGAGCCGACGCCGACGCCAGCCGAAGACUAUCCAAAUUCUCAGAGACAAGGGGGACCGGGAAAAGCGGAAAGUGAAGCUAUCAAACAGACUCAGAGUGAGACCCACGGACACGAGGUUUCCGCCGAGUCGAGUCCAGCUACUGCAGCGUGGACAGAGAGUUUAUCAGACGGGGAUAGCGGCAACAUCAGUGCACCAACAUCAGACCAAAAAGACGCGGAAAAUCUAGUCGAUACUCGAAGGUCCGUGGCGUUUUUCGCCGUCUUCGAUGGCCAUGGGGGCCGAGAAGCAGCACAUUUCGCCAGGGAGAAUCUGUGGGGUCUGCUGAAAAGGCAGCGGGGGUUUUGGUCGAAGGAUCACAGCGAAGUGUGUGCCGCUCUACGGAAAGGCUUCAUCGCUUGCCACCACGCAAUGUGGAAAGAGCUACCUGAGUGGCCAAAGACUAUUACCGGGCUGCCGAGUACAUCGGGCACCACAGCUAGUGUCAUUGUCAUCCGUGGGGUUCACAUGUAUGUUGCCCACGUAGGGGAUUCAGCUGUAGUGGUUGGAGUGAAAGAAAAUGACUCUGACAUCACGCUCCAGGCACUUGAAGUAACACAAGACCAUAAACCUGAACUUCCUAAAGAGAAGGAAAGGAUUGAACGACUUGGUGGCAGUGUAAUGAAAAAAUCUGGGGUGAACCGUGUUGUGUGGAAGAGGCCCAGGCUGACCCAUAAUGGCCCUGUGAGGAGGAGUACAGUCAUUGACCAGAUCCCUUUCCUGGCCGUAGCCCGAUCCCUUGGUGACCUCUGGAGCUAUGAUUUCUACAGUGGAGAGUUUGUGGUUUCUCCUGAACCUGAUACCACCGUGAUGACCCUUGACCCCAAACGCCAUCGUUACAUUAUUCUCGGCAGUGAUGGACUGUGGAACAUGAUGCCACCCAAGAAUGCUGUUAAUAUGUGUUAUAGUCACGACAAAAUGGUGGGGCCAAAGGGAAUGUCUUGCGCCCGCCGGCUGGGAUGCACAGCUCUGUUGUUUUGGAAGGAACGCAUGCUCCGUGCAGAUAAUACGACAGUCAUUGUCCUAGCCCUACAGGAACGCGGUGGCCCAGCUAUCCCUAUGCAUCGAGAUGAGAUUGUUGUCGACAUGGCUACAGGAAUUGACCAUGUUCCUGGCCCAGGGACGACUUAUAACACAUGUGAGGUCCCAAAGUGGAGUGGCGAACCACUGAAUGUUCCCUCACCUUUCAAAGAAAGUUCCACAACCCUGGAGCAGGCAUUUGGGUUUUACGAAGCCGCUUUCUGUGCGACCACACAGCUCUUACCCACCAUUGACUCCGUCGGGGAUGCGCUGCCCCCUUCAGACGAUUCAGACGAUGUUUUUGAAAAGCAAGACUCAACCACGCAGAUGGACUGUGCUACUUCCCCUCCGCCAAUAAAAAGGUCUCGCCGCUGUUCGCACGUCUCCCCAGAACUCAAAGGUCCUCAUCGUCGGCUCGGCCGGCCCCCCAACAAAGGUUUGCCCCCAAAGACGCCUCACGGCGAGACGGAAAACAAACAGUCCCUUCAAACUCAAAGCAGAGAAAGAAGCUCCUCUGAGGAACGCAGCAUCCUUUCACAGCACCACAACGCUGCCUUGUGCGUGUGCUGAAUCUGGUCUCAUACUCAAUGUGGUUGUUGGCCGCCACACUGAACUAAUGAACUAAUGAUGUGCAUCGUGUUGACUUUGAACCAGGUGUGCCACAGGCCUAUUCCUAAAUGUAUCCUUUUACUACAAAGUCCUUUUUUUUUUCUUUUGUAAAUAUGUGAGAAAUUGUGAAUAUGUUAUUCCUUUAUUUUCUUGCCCCCACUUUGUGUUUUGAGUUUUGAAUUGCUCUGUUUACGCUACCAAGUGUCAUACUUAAGUGUGUACAAUAUAUUCAUAAGCCAGCUAAUGGGAGAUCAGAAAACAACAUCAGUUGAGCAGAACUAUUAAGCAUGUGAUCCUCGAGAUUUUUAUCAACUAUACAUGAACUAUUUUAGAUCGUUUUUUUGUUUUGUUUUUUUAACUUGGUGGAUGGUAUUACAUGCUAGCCUUUGUUUGACUAGAUUUAAUAUUUCAGAUCAGUUGUUUGGAUCCCUGCUGAGCUAAAUGUGCUACUGACUCAGCAUCUGGAAAGGGUUCAGAGCCAGUUCACGUCAAAUGGGGAGGCUCAGGCCUCUAGUAUUCUUUAGGGUUCAAGCAACAGGUGUGAGGAAAUUAUGCAGGUUCCGGUUUUGAAUCUGUAUUAAUUAUGUGCUGUUAUGAUCACAGCUUUUACUCAUAUGAUUGAUGAAUUUCAUGCAUAGCUUGUGUUGUGAUAAAGGCUAACUUCACACAGAUUACAUGUUCUUAUAAUGGUGUGUACUUGUAUGUACACAAUUUGAGUGAAAUGGUCAAUUAAUGUUUUUUGGGUUCUUAUUUCAUUUUUGGGCUUUCCUAUUAUUCUGUUCCACUCGCCUUAAUUUAUUUUUAUUUAUCAUUUGGCCAAUUGAAUGACACUUUUGGACCUCUUUACAACUUUAAUUAAUAAAGGCAGCAAAAGAGGUUAUUGAAUCGAACGGGUGUCUACGUAUUGGAAAAGCCGAGCACACUACCUGUCCACUAGGCACUAACUAACAACUUCAACAUGUCUUCCUCUUUGUUGUUUUAUACUGUAUUCUUUGUAUAUGCAUGGUUUUGCAUCCGCAGCUUGUUUGACUCUACGAAGGCAACACUUUAUGUUCCGUGCGUUGAAUACAUUAAGUGCCCGAUUCGUGGUGUUGUGUUCAUACGGCAGCUCAGCAAAAGUCCCGGCUCAUUCAUUGCCUUCUUUUUCCAUUUUAAAAUGUCAUGGAUGCCUUAGCACAGCCGAGUCCGACGUGCUCUUUGCAUUAUUUUACAUACUUGGCAACCAAACAGGUGACAAUCUCUGUGGCCCAGCCUCGAACGCCAUGCACCUUCAGUUAGUCUAAUUAGUCAUUAGUCUAAUUCUACCAUUUGCACUGCGUCACACUAAAUCUGCUCUGCGUGGUUAAUAUUUUGUUCCUGUUACUUUGAGCGGUUUGUUCGUUUUUGUACGGUGCGUCAAUAUGCAAUAGAAGUAUGUACAGUACAUUAUUAUGCAAAGUAAUUGGGGUGUUUCAGGAGUCUGGCAUGCUCAGAUCUAUUCCAUGUGUUGUGAAGUGUCCAGAUGGGUGUUAAUGGGCAUGUGGUGUGAUUUGACAAGUUACAAUGCUUUGGUCUGACUUUGUAUCCAAAUGCUGCCGGUUUUCAAGAUUUAACUGUGUAAGUUACAGACUUUGAAAGUGACUGGGUAUAAAGUGUUUGUGUGUUGUAAUAAAGUUCUCAUUUUUCACAGAG